AUGUUCCUCACUAUAAAUAUAUCUGCACUCCAGUCGAAAAACCUAACACUAUCUGAAGUUGCACUAUUCAUCGUCCGUGAUCAUCUGAGCAACUUAACGUCGACCAUUGUAUUAGCUGAAAAAGGCAUGACGCCUGAAUCAACGAUCAACAAUACCCUGCUUUUGGAAUACAUUCUGCAGAAUCUUAAUGGAAAAAUUGCAAUUCAGUCUUACAUGACCAACUACAGUGAGCAACCUUUUGAGUAUUAUGUGUUUAUUGUAGACUCUCUAGAGGCCUUCAGGGAGCUUCAUAACGACUUUAAGGACAGCCUUUUCGAGAGACACUUUCGAUUUAUAAUCGUCCUAACACAGCAAACACAAAAUCUUCGAAAUGCUAUGCAACAAAUCUUUGUGCUUUGUCAUUCAUUUGACGUUAUUGAUGUUAAUAUUAUAGUACACCAUCAAAUUUUGGGAGUGGCAAUGUUCACCUACUACCUGUACUCGGAAACUGUGUGUCGUCGUUGUGUUCCAAUACUUUUGCACAACUGCAAUCAAGGAAUUGAAAAUCUGAAAUUGGUGUUUCCAGAGAAGCUUACGAAUUUACAUGGAUGUCCGUUCAGGGUUUCAGGACGGUCUUUUGCACCAUAUGUGAGGUUUAAAGGCAAUCGAAAUGAUCCGAAGCCAGUAGGAGCUUGGGAAAACCUUAACGGCAUUGAAGGAGCCUUGUUGAAGUUCUUGGCAAAAUCAUUGAAUUUUACUAUUGAUUUGCAACCUAUUCCUGCAGAAGGCAGUUUUUAUAACAUCAAUCAUACCUCUGGGUGUUUUUCACAGUUACUGGAGAAAAAAGCAGACAUAGUCAUUGGAGGCUUCAUUGACUCGAGUCUUGGCCGAAUGAUUUUCUCACCAACAAAUACGUAUCACAGUUCGCACUUUAAGUACGUAAUUCAGGGAAAAAUAGAUGUAAACUCAUUGGAUCGACUUAUUAAGCCUUUCAACUCCGUUCUUUGGUGUUUGUUCAAAAUGGUUAAUAUAAAACGAUGUGUAUUAUUUUAUUUUAUUACUUGGCCAUUAAAAACUAUUGAAACUGCAAAAAUACAUUGGCCAACAGUUGAAGUUGACAACGAUAGCAUUGAAUUAGCUGAAAUUACAUUAAAUCUAACUCGAAAGUUCUUGAAAUAUGCUACAUCAACCCUUGUGAUUGUUGAAAAAAGUGUUACACCCGAAACGAGUAACACGAAUUUAAAUUUAUUGGAAUAUUUUUUACAAAAUGUACAAGAUAAUAUUGCAGUCCAGUUGAAAAUUCAUUCUAAAAAUAAACAACCAUGGGAAUAUUAUAUUUUUAUAGUGGAUUCAAUUGAAGCAUUCAGAAAAAUCAACGGUUUAUUUCCGGAAUCCUUUUUUGAGCGUCACUUUUAUUUUCUCAUUAUCUUAACCAAACACACUCACAACCUGGGAAAUGUUAUCGAAGAUAUUUUCAAACUUUGCUAUCAGUUCAAUGUUAUCGAUGUUAUAUUGAUUGUAAAACACCCAACAGAUGGCGUUUGCAUGUUCACAUACAUGCUAUAUUCAACGAAUGCUUGUCGAACUGUCCAGCCUAUUCUCUAUCUGAGACUCAAAGAUAAUCGUGAAUUGGACAAUCUUAAAACUAUUUUUCCUGAAAAAUUGAACAAUUUCUUUGGAUGUCCAGUUAAAGUAGCUGGUAGAAAAUUAGGACCUUUUUUGGAUUUGAGAGGAAAUAAAAAUAAUCCGCAACCAGUUGGAUCAUGGGAAAAUCUAUCAGGAGUUGAAGGAUUGUUGAUAAGAGAACUUGCAUCAGCGUUAAAUUUCCAGCUUCAGUUAUUACCGUUUCCAAAAAGCAGAAGCUACAUUGAGAAUUUAACUUGUUAUGGGUCUUUUCUUGAGCUACAAAACGGCAACGCGGAUCUUGCUAUUGGAGGAUUUGGUGGUUCUGAUCCAAGUCGAUGGCUUUUUACACCGUCUAUUGUUUAUCACUCAUCUCCGUUUGUUUAUGUUGUGCGAGCCAAGGAAUUAAGUGCCAUAGGCCGUUUGGCAAAGCCGUUUUCUAUCCAACUUUGGAUAGCUUUGGUUGGAGUCCUUGCCAUUGGUUUUUCAUUCAUUAUAAUUCUUCGUUUUAUGAAUCCAGUUACUACUCAAUAUAUCCUUGGAGAUAAAAAUGAUGCUCCAACGUUAAAUUUUUUUGCAAUUAUUCUCGGCUAUCCAGUCAAUCGAACUCCAUUGGCCAAUCGGAAUUUCGCUCGGUACAUUUUAUUGCUAUUGCUUAUUUUGACAUUAGUCAUUCGCAACGCAUAUCAAGGAUCUCUGUACGAAGCAAUUCUUAGAGAUGGAUUCGUAAGAAUUCCAUCCGGCCUUAAAGAAAUUGUCAAGUGGAACUAUAAGAUCCUGAUUUCACCGGAAGUUGAUAAAUUUAAUGCUUACCCCAAAGACUUAACUAUAACCGUACCUGUUGGUGGAUAUUUGGCACGGAUUAAAAUUCUGGAGAAAAUCGAAGGAAGAUAUGCCUCGGCCAUUCUUCGGGAGAGUUUCAUCGAUUACAUGAACAAAAACCAAUGGAAAAGAAACAAUUUGUUUAUGAACAAUGAAGUUAUAAUAAUGUAUCAUUUUGUAAUGUUCUUUCCCAAGAAUUCGAUUUAUGUCGCAACAUUUGAUAAGAAGUUACGAUUGUUGAUCUAUGGCGGGAUAACAAAUAAGUUAAAACACAAUAAUUUAACUUCAGAAGCGGCUUUGCGAAGCAUAAGAAGAAGCCAACCACCACGGGAACCACUUGGAAAUAGACGCUUGAGAGCAAUGUAUGAUAUUUAUAUUUGCAUGAAAGUCAUAGCGAUUUUUGUUUUUUUCUUGGAAUUGAUGUCAGUUCGUUGUGAUAAAUUGUAUAGAUUUUUUCAGUGGAUUAGCUAA